AUGGGAAGAAGAGUUAUGCAAAGGCGACGACGGCAGCUCGAAUUGUGGUCAGUUAUCGAGAGGCUGGGAUCGAACACUGCCUUAGAAAAAUGGUUGGAGUUGUUGCCGCCUCAACCUCCUCUCUCUCUAUUCACUGUCAGGGUGGCGGAUUAUUUGCAGUUGAUUAAUAGUGAUCGCGAUGGGAGCAGUGGUGGUGGGUUGCUAGGAGAGAAGAAGAGGUGUCUUGGAAGCAGAUUAAUGGUGAUUGAUGAUGAGAGGAGGGGCGGUGGGUUGCUGGAGGAGAAGAAGAGGGUUCGAGAAAAUUAG